AUGAGGACUUUGCUUACCUUUGUCGCUUCUCGCCUGCUCAAGCUUCUCGCAUACUGGGUAAUGACAGCGCAUCUGAUGACUCCCCUGAUACCCUUGCUCUUCGGCCCCGUCGAGCCAUGGGAUUUUGACCACUACGCGCAGACCUACUUCCGACGACUACCUUUCUUCGAGUCGAGGGAGCCAGUUACCACCCGCGAAACUUUGAUCCGCAUCGUCUUCACUCUCCGCUGGAUAUGGCUCAAUUUUGUCGACGUCGAUGCCGCACAUACUUUUCUGGGCAUCAUCUUUGUCGGCAUACUACGUCUCGACUCGCCUCAAGAGUGGCCGACUAUGUUCGGUAGCCCUCUAGAAGCCUACAGUCUUCGUCGCUACUGGGGCAGAUUCUGGCAUCGUCUGGUCCACAAGCCUUACCUUGGUCUUGCAAAAGUGGUGUCUAGAAAGCUACAUGUCCACAAAUCUGGUCUCCGACUUGAAAAGCUUUUUCUAACUUUCCUGAUCUUUCUGAUCUCAGGUCUAGCUCACGCGAUUGUAUCUGUUCGUGGAGGAAAACUUAUCGAGGCUGUUGAUGAUGUUUCUUUCUACUGCGUCAAUUCCGCCGUCAUUGCAGUGGAAGGAGUGGUCAUUGGGCUUGUCUCGCCGAUACGGCCGUUCUUGCCUGCAUGGUGUUGUAAGAUUGUCGGGUUCAUCUGGGUCUUCACGUUCUGGUUCUGGGCGGCACCAAAAUGGGCGUAUCAUGAAGUUCACGAGGAACUUCUCAGUGAGGUAGAAAGACGCAACAGAAUGCAAGGAUUGGAAAUGUUUACAGGUAUGCUCGGUGGAAAGUAG